AUGGGUGUGUUCUACGAAACCAUCCCCCCAUCCCUCCACCCAUGGAUCCUCUCUCAACAACUCCUCUUUGUAGCCACGGCGCCCCUCUCCCCCACCGGCCACAUCAACCUCUCCCCAAAAGGCGGCUCAAACUUUGGCAUCCUCUCACCCACCAAAUUCUGGUACAUGGACCUAACCGGCUCCGGCGUAGAAACGCACGCACACCUACACGAGCCAUCCAACGGUCGCAUCUGCAUCCUCUUCCUCGCCUUCAGCGGACCCCCCAAGAUCGUGAGAAUAUGGGGCACUGGCCGCGCCAUCGAGAACGGAACACCUGAAUACGAGGCCUUUGUGCAGGAGCAUAAAGUGGAAACGAUUCCAGGGAGUAGAAGUAUUAUUAUGGUGGAUGUACACCAAUGUGGGACAAGCUGUGGAUUUAGCGUUCCUUACUAUGAUUUCGUUGGCCAUAGGGAUAUUUUGAAUGAGCAUUUUCGCAAGAAAGAUGAGAAGUUCAAGAAAGGAGAGGAGAAGGAGAGUAUGGAUUUUUAUUGGGCGCUCAAGAGUCAGAGGAGUAUUGAUGGGUUGCCGGGUAUGAGGAGGGGAGUCGCUUUUGCGGAAAGGAAUGGAGUGGUGCCUAUUAAGAAGAUGGUGGGGAGUCAAUGGGCGAAUACACUGUUUGCUAUGAUCAACGACUGUGAGAUCCAAGAAAGGGUCGUAGCAUCUGGUCUGUUCGCUGCAGGAUUUGCCAGGGCAGUAGUGACAUUGCAUCAAGAACGCUCGUACGAGAUAUCGUGGCGUUCCUAA